AUGAACACAAACAUCUCACACCUCGCUCAGCUGCAUUUCGUAGCCGAGCAAACAGCGCGUCAUGCCCGGAUCUGGAACGGUCAAGACUGUGCGCCACCGUGUGCGGAUUUCGCGGGUGGCUGGGCGGGGGUAACGCCGAUGUUGAGGGGGAUGUAUACGCAGCGAGUGGAAUACCUUGCGUCAUUGGAGGUGCAGGGCGAGGCACUGGAGGAUUAUGAAGGGUUUGUGAAGGGGUUGUAUGAGCAUUGCUAUGCGGGAAUGGAUCCACUCCGGGUUGAGAUGACUUCGUGUGUUGGCUUUGCCGAGUUUAAAUCCCUAGUGGAUCGAUCUGGAGCGACGGAUACUAUCAUGUUUGAUGCACCGGAGGAUGAUGAUGAUGACGACCUGCUUUAUGUUUCUGGGCGUUCGGUGCGAGUCAAGAAGGAACAGGUGGAACCAUCAUUUGAUAAUGAUGAUAUGCUCGUUUCUCCGGGACCUAGUGAAUUUCUCAAGGCCGAGAAACUGGAAACAGAACGAUUUCCCGAAGAUAUAUCGAAUAUUCCGGAGUAUUCGGCUGUCCCUGAGACGGAAAUGUUGGACGAUCCUUUUUAUGAGGAGGCUGACCUGGUCGAGGGCUUGGCUAUGGAUUAUGAUCUCCAAGACAGGGAAGAUCCCAAGAUCGCUGUCCUGGAAGCCGCCGUGGGCACAGGUACCAAUGCACUGGAUAAACUGCAGGAGGUCAUGGAAGGGUAUGGCAAAUUGGCAACGGACACGGAGUGGAUGACCGAAUGUGAACGGAUGCGGAGAUAUGCUCAGACGGAGAAGGUCAUCAUCGGAGUGGUUGGGACCACCGGCGCGGGCAAAUCAUCCCUAAUCAAUGCAAUUCUGGACGAGAACAAUCUGGUCGCGACUGAUUGUAUGCGUGCAUCGACUGCCGUGGCCACGGAAAUCUCCUAUAACCAUGGAGACUCCAAAUACAGAGCGGAGGUGGAGUUUAUUCGGCGCCGAGAGUGGCAGCAGGAACUGGAGAUCCUCUCUGCUGAGAUUCAGGAUUACUAUGAGAUAGUGAGACGUGGAGAGGCGCCCACGGACUCGCAUGCAGCGGUGGCUCUCGAGAAAAUCAAGGCUGUAUAUCCGGCGUUGACACCGCAGAACAUUUUAGACGCUUCUGUUGAUGACCUCAUGGGCAACGAAAAGGUCUGCGAACUGCUUGACACGACUAUGCAUUUCGAAGAAGAUGAUCCCAAUAUCUUUGCAGAAAAGUUUGAAACUGGCCCUGAUGAACAAGCGCACUCUACUGACGGCUUGGACUUGACAGAUCAUGGCAUCGGUCUUUGGCCCCUUGUGCGCGUGGUUCGAAUCUAUACCAAGGCGGCAGCGUUGAAAACUGGUGCGAUUUUGGUCGACCUCCCAGGCGUGUUCGACUCGAAUGCAGCCCGAGUGGCCGUCGCGAACGAUUACAUGAAGCGCUGUUCGUCCCAUUGGAUAGUGGCGCCCAUCAAUCGUGCAGUCGACGACAAGGUCGCGCGGGAUCUGCUCAGCCGGAACUUUAGAAGGCAAAUGCAAAUGGACAGUGCGUUCAAUGACAUCACGUUCAUAUGCACAAAAACCGACGACAUUGCCACGGCUGAAGUGAUCCAAGCCUUGGAACUUGAACUGCCCGCAAUGGGGGAGCUGAGGGAACACCGUCACGAAUGCAGGUUGUUGAAGGGUGAAAUCAGAAAGCUUCAGCAGGGAUCAACCAGACUGGUUGCAAAAGUAGACCGCAUGGAACCGAAGAUAGAAGAGCUCGAAGAACGCUUGACCGGAGAAUUUCUCUUCACUCCAUCGCAAUUGUCGCCCAAGAAGAAGCCGCCGGUUAGCGAGGGACGUCUCCCCUUGGGUCAAAGGUUGUUGCAUAACUUUCACGACCUCCAAAGCCAGAGAAAGCAGCUGCAAAACGAGCGGCGGUCACUCCACCAGCAAAUAGACGCUAAAGAGAAGCAGCUGCAGGAACUGAUAAUGGUGCGAGAGAGUCAAGAGCAUGACAGACUGCGGACAUGCAUCGAGGCUCGAAACAAUUAUUCCAAGGAGGAGAUGAAACGCGACUUUGUCCACGGGAUUUGGAUUAUGGAUCAAGAGAUCAACGAAGAUGGCAGCACCAGAACCAAGACUCGGGACUACAGGACGGUUGAGAAGAGUCUACCAAUCUUCUGCGUGUCCUCCAGGGCAUAUCAGGAACUUCGAGGUCGAUGCGAAAGGAGAUCGAAAGUUCGCGGAUAUGCCCGACUGGAGGAGACAGAAAUCCCACAGCUGCAACGCCAUUGUAUCGCAUUAACGGAGAAAGCAAGAGAGAGUUCCGCCCGCCGGUUCUUGGUGCAUCUUCACCAGCUCUUUCAGUCGAUGUCUUUGUGGACAUCUGUGACUAACGCUGCAGAUACGGUAUCGGACAGCAAGAGAUUGGAAAUUGAAGCCGACUUUAACAAUGCUUUCGGCAACUUGGAGAAGGGAAUGCGAGAGCUCGGAAAGGGUUUCAAUUCCGACCUCGAGAAAAUAUUCCGCGAAAAUGUGACCAAUGAUUUGGACCGAGCGGCGUGUUGGGCCACUUUACAGUUUCCCCAAACCGUGUCUCGCUGGAACGGCCCAGAGAAGGACGGAGGCCUCCAUUGGCAGACAUACCGGGCCACUUGUCGCCGCUAUGGAGUAUUUCGUGACAAAGACAUGAACAAGGAGUUGGCUGAGCCGAUGCUCGACAAGAUUGUGGGCGGCUGGAUAAGAGCCUUUGAGAUUCUCAUACCACAAGCAUUCCUAGAGCUGACCGAAACGAUGGAUAGGACCUUAUGUGUGUUCCACAAGGACGCUAUCGAUCCCCAAAAAGAUAGUCUCGCCAACGAAGCCAAGAUCAUGCUUGACGGCACUGUCCGAGCCUACCAGAAGUCGAUCCGACAACUGCUCAAACAGCCCCAGUCAAACCUCAAAGCUCAGCAAAAGGAGAACAGUCGAAUGAUUUCCGAUGUGAUCGCUACAGAGCUUAGCCGGGUAUAUGAGGAGUGUGUUGCACAGGCUGGGAAAGGUACGCUGGCUAGAAUGAGGGAUAUCAUGAAGCAGCAGGCGAAGGUCAAUGGCAGCGACGUGUUCCAGAAAAGCGCCCAGGGCCUGGAAAAAGAGCUCCUGGGUCUAGUCAAGGAGACUGGGGAGAACAUCACCGAAAUCAUUCGAACCCUACUUGGAUGGGCCUCACGGGACUAUCGCGGUGCGCUUGUAGAGCCGCAGAUCCGCCGAUUCUCCGAGCAGCAAGUCCGAAUGAGAAGGGAGAUGAACGAGGUCAUUGAACAUACGGAGGCGGAAUUACAGUUGGAACAGCUACUAUAAGGCGCCGUCCUUAACAUUAAAAGCCGCGUUCCGGACUACAGCGACAGAAGAUGAAGGAAAUGUGCUGAUGAAAGGCGGAGAGCAGGGAUGAGUGCGGUCGAGGUAAACGUGGCGCGGUGGCCCCAGCUCGGGCAGUCGGCGAUAAGAAUCUGGAGGUGUCAACCGCUCAGAUUGGCCAGCGACUGGGCCAUCAAGUCUGGUCAAACAGCGGCCGCGGGUGCAGGCAACUGGAGCAGUGGAUUGGAGGACAGUUGCUGUUGGCAACUCGCAUGACGAGGACUCGCCGCUGGGAUUCGACAAGCGCAGACGCUAGCAGGUGAUGGUCGGCCCAGCCACUGGAUUUUCGAGCAC